GCACGCAGGACCAACACGAGCUUCGGCGACGACCGUCCCAACGGAUCCCGGGUACGCUCUGUGCCCCAGCGGGCAGCGGGAGGCAGGAGGCGCUGCCGGAACGCCGCGGCGGCUGCGCGCGGGGCGGGCCCUGGGCUGCGGGCGCAGCGCCCGGUGACGGCGGCGGCUCCUUCCGGGCCGUGACGGCGCCGCCGGCCGCGUCCCUCGCUCUCAAAAUGGCGGACGGAGCCGACAGAGGUCCCGGAGCAGGAGCGACGGGCGGCCGGGCCCCCGCGCAGGCCCCAGAGCGAGCUAUGUGGUGUGAUGAAAGGUUCGACUUCCAAGGCACAUUUUUACAGUGCUUGGCAAAACAUGUGCCAAAUAUUUAUUCAGCUGAAAUGGACCCCUUGCUGGAAAAACAAGAAGAAAUGGUCCAGGCAGCAAUAUUAUAUCCCCUGGAGUGUUAUUUGUUUGGGGAGGACCCAGAUAUAUUCCUGGAGAAGCUACAACAGAGUGGAACCUCCCAGCUCUGUGGAAAGGUGUUCAAAGGAGGGGAGACAACAUACUCUUGCAGAGACUGCGCAGUUGAUCCAACUUGUGUGCUCUGUAUUGACUGCUUCCAGAAUAGCAUUCACAAGAAUCACCGGUACAAGAUGCAUAGCUCCACUGGAGGCGGUUUUUGUGACUGUGGAGAUACAGAGGCAUGGAAGGCUGGACCACUGUGUACUAAGCAUGAGCUUGGAUCAUCGAGUUCUCCAAAAGAAAAUUCUGAAUGUCAGUUGAAUGAAGAAAUUAUGGAGCACUCUAGGAGGGUGUUUCCCUCUGUGAUAAAAUACAUUGUAGAUAUGCUUAUCUGGGAAGAAGAAAAGGAACUGCCUCCGGAGCUCACAGUUAGUAGAGAGAAAGUAGACAGCUACUACUGUGUCCUUUUCAAUGAUGAACACCAUUCUUAUGACCAUGUCAUCUACAGCCUGCAAAGGGCACUUGGCUGUGAACUUGGUGAAGCCCAGUUGCAUACUACCGCCAUAGAUAAAGAGGGUCGUAGAGCUGUUAAGGCAGGACAUUAUGCCUCUUGUCAGGAAGCAAAAGAAGAAAUUAAGAGGCAUUCUGAAAAUGUUUCUCAACGACCACUUCACGUGGAAGUUCUGCACGCUGAUGUUAUGGCACACCAGAAGUUUGCUUUGCGCCUUGGUUCUUGGCUGAACAAACUCAUGAGCUAUUCAAGUGACUUUCGCCAGAUCUUUUGUCAAAUAUGUCUCAAAGAAGAAGCUGGAUCUGAAAAGCCAUGCUUUAUAAGCAAGUUGAUGCUAUGGGAUGCAAAACUUCAUAAAGGGGCAAGAAAGGUUCUCCAUGAGCUUAUCUUCAGUAGUUUUUUCAUGGAAAUGGAAUACAAAAAACUUUUUGCUGUGGAAUUUGUGAAGUAUUACAAGGCAUUGCAAAAGGAAUACAUUAGUGAUGAUCACGACAGAGUUCUCUCUGUGACAGCACUCUCAGUUCAGAUGUUCACUGUACCCACUCUGGCCCGACAUCUUAUUGAAGAGCAAAAUGUAAUCAGCACCAUUACAGAGACACUCCUAGAAGUGCUUCCAGAGUACCUAGACAAAAAUGACAAGUUCAACUUCCAAGGCUACAGUCAGGACAAACUGAAUCGGGUAUAUGCAGUAAUAUAUGACCUCAGGUAUGUCUUAGUCAGCAAGCCUACAUUAUGGACAGACCGCCUGAGGGAGCGUUUUUUGGAAGGAUUUGUUUCUUUCCUAAGGAUUCUAGCUUGCAUGCAGGGAAUGGAAGAGAUAAAAAGACAGAUUGGCCAGCACAUUGAGGUGGACCAUGACUGGGAAGCAGCUAUUGCUAUACAGAUGCAGCUCAAGAACAUUCUUUUGAUGUUCCAGGAGUGGUGUGCCUCUGAUGAAGAGCUGUUGCUCAGGGCCUACAGAGAAUGCCAUAAAGCUGUGAUGAGGUGCAGCACAAAUGGUCGCUCUCGGGAAAAGACAAUGUUUCACUUAUGUGGCCAUACCCUGGAGAGCAGACCUUACAGAGUGUCUGCAGAUCCUGUCAGCAUACAUUUGCCACUGUCAAGGACUCUUGCUGGUCUUCAUGUACGAUUAAGCAAGACAGGAGCCAUCUCAAGAUUGCACGAGUUUGUUUCUCCUGAAGAAUUUCAAGUGGAGCUGCUAGUAGAAUAUCCUUUGCGAUGUCUUGUCUUGGUGGCUCAGGUUGCUGCAGAGAUGUGGAGAAGGAAUGGACUCUCUCUGAUAAGCCAGGUAUUCUAUUAUCAAGACGUUAAAUGCAGAGAAGAGAUGUAUGAUAAAGACAUCAUCAUGCUCCAGAUAGGUGCAUCUCUUAUGGAUCCAAACCAGUUCCUCCUGUUGAUGCUGCAGAGAUACGAGCUUGCUGAUGCUUUCAAAAAGAUCAAACCCACCAAAGAUCAGGAUUUAAUCAAACAAUAUAACAUUUUAAUAGAAGAGAUGCUACAGAUUCUCAUCUAUGUUGUGGGGGAAAGAUAUGUUCCUGGAAUCAGCAAUGUGACAAAAGAAGAUGUUAUAAUGAGAGAAAUCAUCCAUCUGUUAUGUAUUGAACCAAUGGCUCACAGUGCAAUUACUAAGUCUUUGCCUGAAAAUGAGAACAAUGAAACUGGCUUGGAGAAUGUAAUUGAUAAAGUGGCUACAUUUAAGAAACCAGGUGUCUCUGGCCAUGGAGUUUAUGAACUGAAAGAUGAGUGCUUGAAGGAAUUCAAUAUGUUCUUUUAUCACUAUACUAAGACCCAGCACAGCAAGGCUGAGCAUACGCAAAAGAAAAGAAGAAAACAAGAAAACAGGGAUGAAGCACUGCCACCACCUCCUCCUCCAGACUUCAGUCCUGCCUUCAGCAACGUGGUGAGGAUUCUGAACUGUGAUGUUAUGAUGCACAUCCUGCGGACACUUCUUCAGAGGGCAGUGGAACUGGAAACCCACUUGUGGACUGAGGCUAUGAUUCAAAUGGUGCUCCAUCUCCUUUCUUUAGGGUUACUGGAGGAGAAGCAGCAGUUACAGAAGUCUCCAGAGGAAGAAGUAUCCUUUGAUUUUUAUCACAAAGCAACACGAAUGGGAAGCUCAGCCUUAAAUGCUGUGAACGUAUUAAUGCUUGUGGAAAAAUUGAAGAGAGUUCCUCAGUUAGAGGCACAGAAGGACACAGUCAAUUGGAUACUGCAGAUGUUUGACAUGGUGAAAAGACUGAGGGAAAAAUCUAGUUUAACAACAGUAGCAGCUGCAUCGGCCUCAGAAGCUGCAAAAGGUGAUGAGACACAGAGCACUCAGGAUAAAGAGAAGGCUGAGCGGAAGAGAAAGGCAGAAGCAGCAAGGUUGCACCGUCAGAAGAUAAUGGCCCAGAUGUCUGCACUUCAGAGGAAUUUCAUUGAAACCCAUAAGCUCCUGUAUGAAAACACACUGGAGGCUCAGGGGAAAGAAGAUGCUAUUAUGGAGGAAGAAAGCGUGUCUUCAGCAGUUGAUUACUCCAAAAUUGCUUUGGGUCCCAAACGAGGUCCAUCUGUUGCUGAGAAAGAGGUCUUGACCUGUAUUCUUUGUCAGGAGGAGCAAGAAGUAAAGUUGGAAAGUGCUGCCAUGGUGUUAUCUGCCUGUGUCCAGAAAUCAACUGCCUUAACUCAGAAUAGGAGCAGAAUUCUUGAACUCUCAGGAGAUACACUAGAUCCUCUCUUCAUGCACCCUGACUUACCUUGUGGGACACACACAGGGAGCUGUGGUCAUGUGAUGCACGCAGCCUGCUGGCAGAAAUACUUCGAAGCAAUGCAGCUGAACUUUCGACAGCGUCUGCACGUUGAACAGAUAUUUGACUUGGAGAAUGGAGAGUAUCUCUGUCCACUUUGCAAAUCUCUGUGCAAUACUGUGAUUCCUAUCGUUCCAUUGCAGGCUCAAAAAAUAAACAGUGAGGAUGCUGAGGCAGUAGCUCAAAUCCUGUCCCUAGCUAGGUGGCUGGAGAUUGUCACAGUCAGGAUAUCAUGCUACAGUGUGAAAAAUGCUAAAGGAGAGAAGCAAAAUCUUCCAGCUUUCGCCAACAGGGGAAUGGGGAACUCUGCUUUGGAAUUCCAUUCCAUCCUUAGUUUUGGAGUUCAGUCCUCAGCCAAGUACUCAAGCAGUAUCAAGGAGAUGCUUAUUCUCUUUGCCACCACCAUUUAUAGAGUUGGGCUAAAAGUUGCUCCAAACGAAGCUGAUUCGCGGAUUCCUAUGAUGACCUGGAGCACAUGUGCUUUUACUAUCCAGUGUAUAGAAAACCUCUUGGAAACGGAGGGCAAGCCUUUAUUUGGAUCUCUACAAAAUAGACAGCACAGUGGCCUUAAAGCAUUAGUGCAGUUUGCAGCUGCUCAGAGAACAACAUCCCCACAGGUCCUGAUUCAGAAACAUCUGAUUCGUCUUCUAGGAGUUCUCCUACCAAACUUUAAAGUGGAGGACACUCCAUCACUUUUAGAAGUAGAUAUGUUCCACAUUUUGGUGGGAGCUGUGUUAUCCUUUCCAUCAUUAUACUGGGAGGAUGCUGUAGACUUGCAACCUUCAUCAGUUAGUUCAGCCUAUAACCACCUCUACCUCUUCCAUCUGGCAACACUGGCACACAUAAUGCAAAUUGUCAUCUCUUCAGCAACAGAAUCCUCCACUGCUUGCUCACCUGACAACAGUGAGGAGGCACAGUCUGCACAGUCUUUCUGUAGAGAGGUUUGCCAGUACACCAGUGGUUGCUUUAGCCAGGAUAUUCCAGGCUGGCUUGUGUGGGACUGUGUUAAAAAAGGCAUCAUGCCUUACCUUCGUUGUGCUGCUUUAUUUUUUCAUUAUUUGCUGGGAGUUUCUCCACCUGAAGAACUACUACAAGAUUCUGAAGAAGGGCAAUUCAAGGCACUUUGUAGUUACCUCUCUCUACCUACAAAUUUGUUCCUGCUCUUCCAUGAGUAUUGGGACACAGUAAAUCCACUGCUUCAAAGGUGGUGUGCUGACCCAAUGGUGUUAAGUUGUUUGAAGGGGAAAAGCAUUGCAAUAAGGUAUCCUAGGAAAAGAAAUCAUUUAAUAGAGCUUCCUGAAGACUACAGUUGCCUUCUGAACCAAGCCUCUCAGUUUAGAUGUCCACGGUCUUCUGAUGAUGAACAAAAACAUCCAGUAUUGUGUUUAUUCUGUGGGGCUAUGUUGUGUUCCCAGAAUACUUGCUGUCAAGAACUGGUGAAUGGAGAGGAGUUGGGAGCCUGUACUUCUCAUGCUCUUCAGUGUGGAGCUGGAGUCUGUAUGUUUCUCAAAAUCAGGGAAUGUAAAGUCGUCCUUAUUGAAGGUAAAACCAGGGGCUGCUUAUACCCUGCACCCUACUUGGAUGAGUAUGGAGAAACAGAUCCGGGUCUAAAACAUGCUGAGAAGCCUGGGCACCAAGACCACAGAGUAGUAGAAUUUCGUAACUCUGCAGGAGUGGCUGUACAUGUGGGGCUGACAUCUAUCACUGAGCGGUAUAGAAAGAAAUCACACGCUUUCCUGCUCACAGUGGAGACUGCUGUGCUGUGGCUUUGGAUCUGAAAGAGGUAAAUCUAAUACAUAUUUGGCCAAUUACUUACCUAUUUAGUAACAUUCAUAAAGUCCACAAGCAAGAACAGAUGUGUUACAAAUCAGCGUGAUGAAAUAACUAGUUGGGAUGACACAUGCUGCAAAGUUUAAUUUUACACCUAGUUUCCAAAAAUUAAUUUUUUUUUAAUAUUUGGAUGGAUUUUAAUUUCAUUAUGUAUUUAAUGUAAAUGUAACUAAUGAUACGAGAUUUUGGAGUACUGGACUAAAGCUGGAGGCACUCAGUGAGUCUGAUGCAAGCAGGUACUAUACGGCCUUUCCUUAACAUGUCAGUGCUUCAGAGGACGAGUCCAUAUUCAGGAAUAGAUUCCCAUGAUAUGUGUUAAUGGGGAGGGAGCACGAACAAGGGUAUUCAGACCAUCUGCUUUUUUUGGCUUCUGUAAAGUUGUGAACCACAUGGUAGAUACUGAGAGACUAAAGUUAUUAAGCAAACAGAAACAACUGGGUCUUUGCAGAACAUUCAUUUCUCAGUUACAUUUCUGAACUUUUAGGGAAGGAAAUAUAGUGGUAUUUAGAUUAUUAUGGUUGUUUUAGUUGGAUAGAGAUACUUAUGUUAAGUCAGAACAUUUGAAAUUCUUAAGGAAUUGCAGAAUUGACAGAGGGAAUGUCAAAACUCAAAGGCAAGAAGUAAUGGCAAUAGACAAUAAUUUAAAAGAACCCAGUUUGUACAUAAAAAUGUACAUUAGAAUGACACAAAGCUUAUUGAAAAUUAAAUCAGUUAUAUGUUUUUUCAACUACAGCUAUACACUGUAUUACAGUGCUGUACUAUGUUGCAUGAAAAAUAUAAAUACUGUGACUGUAGCUCGUUUAAUUACCUGAAGAACAUCACAGAUUGAACAAAUCAGAAAAAGAAGUACUACAAUUUUCAUUUUUCAGAUGCUUAAAGGUUAUAACAACAUGAAUGCUGAAGCCAGUCUCGAGUAAAAAGGAAAUUUUAGCAGACCUGCCUGAACUGCACUGCACAUGUAUGGCUAGUCUGUCGGGCUACUGUGUAUUGCAGGAAACUCCAUGUUGCUACCUGUCAAGCUGGCUCUGAUUUCAAUCCAUAGAAGCUGUACUGUCCACAGCCUCUGAGUCAUCCACUCCUGACUCAUGGUGAGUCAUUACAAAUGGAAAACUAAGGCAUAGAAAUGCACCUUAAAAUCAGACCAGUAGUCUAUAGUAAAGCUGGAAGUAAACCUGUAUUUUAAAUUGGUUGGUAACCUAAAACUUCCGUCUUGGCUGUAACUUUUUUCCAAAGACUAGAAUGCAUUUUUACAACCUUAUCCAUGCAGCAAUCUUCCUUUUCACCCUUGUACCUUAUUCAAUAUGAAUCUUACCCUUACAAGCCAGUUAUCAGGAAGCUUUUUGCAGAAUGGAAUUAUACACAUAUUAUGAGGACCAACAACAGAAUUCCCCUUACAUAAUGAGCUAAAAUUUCCUUUUUUAAUUCCAUAUCUCAUAGCAUCAGUACUUAGGUGCACUAUACUACCAGUUGACCCUUCUUCCCCUAGCAAAGUAGUCAGAUAUACACUGUCACAUUUCUCAGCAAAGAGACCUCCUGUACUAAUCAGGAACUCUCCCAGUUCUCAGAUAUUAUAAACCUGAUGUUGAUGCUGUUUUUCCUUCUCUAGAACAUAAUUUAAACUGAACAAUAUUACUCAGGACAUCUUGUAGGGAAUUUGAGAUUCUUUUAGAAAAAAAAAGACAGUUACCAAGAAAAAAAAAAAAGACUCACAGAGCUCCUGAAGCUCUCAGAUUGACAAAAGCCAUCACCUAGACACAGUGCUCUUAGAGCUCUUCUAAAAAGAUCCAAGAUCCCUCUGUCCCUUCAGUGGUGACUUCAUGCUUAUUGACACUGUGUCUAGAAAUCAUGAUUUGUGAAAAAAGACUGAAGGAACUCAGUUCCUUAGCGCAGAGAAGACUGAUGGUGAGAGGUGAAAAUAGUGUUCAAGUAAUUUUAAAGGUAGUUGCACAGAGGAAGGGAGUAAAUUCCUUUGGUGAUAGGAAAUGAGGAGAAUAACAGGUGAAAUAAUUCUUUUAGUGAGAAUAGCAAAACAGUCCAUGAAAAAGCUUGAUUUCCAUCAACAAAACAACUUUUAUAACAGGUUCACAAACACUGGCCAGGAAUGUUGUGGGGACAGUUGGUCCUUCCUUGGAAAAAGGGCUGAACUAGAUGUGUCAAGGUCUAUGAUUUUUCAUUUGCUAUGAACUGGAUAACUGUUUAAACAUCCACAAAACUUGGUAAGUGGUUUCUUGUCUUUAAUCAGUACUUCCUUUGCUCAUUGACUUCUGCUAGAAAUGUGUUUACUUUUCUAUUCUUCAGUGAGAACAGUUUCCAUCUCCAUUUAUAUAUUAAUUUUUAGUUACAGUUUUCAACAAAUUCUAGAAUUUGGUGGAUGUUCAUUUACUGACUAACCAUCUCUAUGAAAUCUGUGCUUCCUGCUAUCCUCCUUUUAUUUUUUUAUUUCUUUUUCUCUCUUCUCUGUCCUGACAAUAAUUUGAUUUCUGACUCUCUAAAAAAUUUAGGAGCUUUGUCUUCCACUUCUGUGGUCAACUAAGCAGAAAUAUUAUUCAGAACUUCUGACUCAUAUAGAAAUAAAGAAAUAACCCCAAGCCCCCGAAGUCCAGGCAAGGAAGUUCCAAUGGAAGUGCUUGAAAUCAAUAAGUCUGUACUUUGCAGGAUGAGUCAUCUACUCCCAUACAUGUUUAUUUGAAGAAAAUAACUGUAGAGUUCAAGUGGUCUUGCACAUUUUUAAUCGUCACCCUUCUCCAUCAGCAGCCAUGUGCAUACAUUUGUGUCAAGGUGUGGGUUUUAAUUUUUAAAGAUUCCUUGAAGAAACAUUAGGUCAUUUCUUUCAGACAAAAACCACUGAUGAAAAUUCUCACAUCUCCCUCACCCCACAAGAAAGAACAUUUCCAGGAAAGCAAACUUACUUUUCCAUUGCUAUCCCUUAUGAAACCUAAGGAAGGAGAAGUUGGAAGCAGUAGAAAAUUGUGUUCCAUUUAGAGACAAUCCUGGAAAUUCUGAUCUAAUUCUUCAAACAAGAAAGAUAUUAGAAGCUUGUAUGUGAGUAUAUUCUCAUUCUCUGAUCUUUUUUAAAAUAAAAAAUCAUAAAAGCUAGAGCUAUC